CAGUGGUGAAUUGAAAAUACUCGCAUUUGAAGUGAAUUGGUAUAAAAGGGUAGCAUUGUCAUUUUCAUUAAUCUACAGAAAUUGUUUUCUUUCAAGGAAGAUUACGAGGCUUUUGUCUUUUCCUGCCACCAGGGAAACAGGGGAGACAGAAACAGAGGUUGCCCAUUUUCAUUAAUGGAGUUUUAAUUCAUUAUCAAAACCCUCAAAAAACUCGAAUUUCUACGUGGGUUUUCUUUUUUCCUUUAAAAGAUUUUGAUUUGCUAAUUCAAAAUUUGACUACAUAUGCAAAAACCAAAAAAGCUUAAUUAGGCUCUGUUUUAGUUCAAAUAUUCUAAAAAAAUAAGAGAUUUAACUUCAGAAUUUAGAUCCAUGUGGAGUUAUAAAAUGGCUUAAUAUUUAGUUCAUGCUCAAAUCAAGAAAUUUUCCCUUUUUGUUGAUGAGGGUUUUGAUUUGCAAGAUCCAUUGUUCUUUAAUUUGCUUUUGCCAGCCUUCUACUACUUUAUAUAAAGCAGGGCCAUUAAAAUUGGAAAAUAGCCCUCAUGUAUCUUCAAGUACAGUUAUAUCAGUUGGUACUGCUUCUUCUUAUGAUAAUGUGUCUAAUGACUCCAUUGGAGUGAAAGAAGAGAGUGUAAAUGUAGAUGGAGAGGAAUUGCAGCCUCAAAAUUGCAACAAAGGUGGUCUUAAAAAAUCUGCUUUGGGUUCAAAAGAAGUUCAGAAGAAAAGAGUACAAUGGAUGGAUUUCUUAGGGAAAGAACUUGUUCAGAUCAGAGAAUUUGAAUCCAGUGAAACCGAAACCGAAGAUACUGGUAGUGAAACAAAGUACUGUAGUGGCUGUUCCUGCAUAAUUCUUUGACAUUCAAUUAUCAUCCCUCAAACAAGUUGCUGGAUUGACAGCUGCAAUCACACAAGAAAAAAG